CUUUACUUCAAAGCUUCAAAUCACAAAACUCACAUUGAUCACUAAAAACGAUGUCGUUUGAGGAAGUAGAGGAAGAAUCAUUCUCACACACGCUCUUAGUAGUGCGUGAAGUAAACGUCUUCAAAAUCCCUCCACGUCCAACUAGUGGCGGUUACAAAUGUGGCGAGUGGCUUCAAACCGAUAAAAUCUGGUCGGGUCGGAUCCGGGUCGUGUCAUGUAACUCCCGUUGUGAGAUCCGAUUAGAGGAUCCGAAUUCUAGUGAGUUAUUUGCAGCUUGUUACGUGGCGCCAGGUCAGAGAGAAAGCUCAGUCGAAUCAGUGCUUGAUUCGUCGAGGUACUUCGUGUUGAAGAUUGAAGAUGGGAGAGGGAAACACGCGUUUGUAGGGUUAGGGUUUAACGAGAGGAACGAGGCAUUUGAUUUCAAUGUGGCAUUAUCGGAUCACGAGAAGUAUGUGAAGAGAGAGGUUGAGAAGGUUGAUGGUGAUGGUGAGGGGAGUAGUGAUGGUCAUAUUGAUAUUCAUCCUGCGGUUAAUCAUCGAUUAAAGGAAGGUGAAACCAUCAGGAUAAAUGUGAAGAACAAACCAUCUAGUGGAGCCCGCAAGCUUUCUGCUGCUAUUCAAUCGAAGACCAUUGCCAUUGCACCACCCCCUAGCGGAGCUAACAAGAUCAGGUCUCCUCUUCCACCGCCGCCGAAUGAUCCAGCUAUUUCUCGGAAGACUUCUACCACUUCGAGUAUUGCACUCAAGGGGCCAAAUGGAAGCUCAAGGCAAUCCAGUGAUCCGUUGUCCAAUCUCUCUCAAAUUGAGAGGAGCCUGCCUUCCCCCACUGGAUCUGGUUCGAGUAAGACGACAGCAGCUGGAUGGGCAGCAUUUUGAUAUUUUAAGCGUGUAUUAAAUAUGGCUGAGAUAUAUGCUUCUUGUUGUACUAGGAUAGAAUAUAUAUCCAAAUUAAAAGGGCAGCCUGGUGCACUAAGCUCCUGCGAUGCGUGGGGUUCGGGGAAGGUCCGGAUCACAUUUGGUGUACCCUGCAUGUCUGCAAGUGGUUGUUUCCACAAUUUGAACCCGUGAUCUGCCUGGUCACGUGCCGUUGUGCCUAGGCUCCCCAAAUUAGAAGAAUGAGAGAAAAAAAUUAUGGUAUUGUUUUCUUCUCAAAAAAAAAAAAAAAAAAAGGUACCCUGCUCAAAAAAUUUAUUGUAUUGUUUCCCCAUAUUGGAAGAUAAUUGUGACGAAAUAUGUUUAUACUUACUUGACAUGUCUGAAUUGUACUAUUCUGAUCUACAUAUAAUAAAAGAUUAGCAUUUAUUUUACAUAAA